AUGGAUGAUGAAAGGGCCAGCUCUCCCGUCAACUUGAACGAUCUGUUUGACUACGACGUUGGACUAGAUGAGAUCUUUCAGGGCAAUGGCGCCUCGAAUAGCAACGCCGCGGACGCCAAAACAUCUGGAGAUCCCACCUCACUCGGCCUGGGGCUCGACGAGGAGGUCAAAGUCACCAAGAAAAGACAACCAGUAGCGAAGCUGGACGAGGGUCGUCUGCUUUCACAACCAGGAAUUCCCAAGUUACGACGUGCAGCGAAACAAAAACUCAGAUUCAAAGGCAAAGGACACGAGUUCUCGGAUGCAGCACGCCUUUUGAACUUCUACCAACUAUGGCUCGAUGACUUGUUUCCACGCGCAAAAUUCGCCGAUGGCUUGACGAUGAUUGAAAAAUUGGGUCACUCCAAACGCAUCCAAACAAUGAGACGGGAAUGGAUUGACGAGGAGAAGCCGACGUUGUUCGGUGAUCGCGAGGUCUCUCAAGAUAUGCCAGACACCCGUGACCUUCCCAAAAGACUUUCCUCCGAUCAAAUAGGCGUCGCCACGACGAAACCCACAGAACCGACCUGCUCGGACCCCUGGCAAAAUGUGUCGGGGGCUGCGGACCCGGAAUUAUUCAUUCCAGACCCCGAGGGGGAGUCCCGGCCUUUGGCCAGCCAUCCGGAACCUGACGACGACGACCUGGAAGACCUUCUAAGAGAACAGGACGAGACCAUCUUGGGGAUGCCGGAACCGAAGUCGCGGCCGGCGAACGAUAAUCGCGAUGAUUUUGAUGCCGAAUACGAAGCCAUGAAUGAAAUGGGAUUGUAG